AUGGGUCCUCAAGCCAAAAGAAGAAAGGUCGCCAGCAAAGUCGAGGAGAUCAACUUCGACGCUGCUGACCGCGAAUCGUUUCUUACAGGCUUUCGCAAGCGGAAGCAACAAAGAAUCAAACAUGCACAAGAAGUGGCAAUCAAGAAAGCGAAAGAGAUGAAGAGAGAGGAGCGCAAGAGGGCCGCUCAACCAAGGCUAAUUGCAACGCCUACUCAGAUUCGGGAAGAACGCACUGCUGGCUUCCAACGUGCAAUCGAAGAACAUCAGAGACAGCUCAAAAAGCUGCAGGCAGCGGAAGAGGGCAGCGAUGGAUCUGAUCAGGACAGCCAGGACGAGGAUGUUGAGGAUCAGGAUUGGGAGGGGUUCACGGAACCCCCCGCCGUCGACUACGAAGCUGAAUAUAUCGACGAAGACAAAUAUACGACGGUGACGGUAGAGGAAAUGGAUACUUCCAAAGAAGGACUUUUGCGAUCAGCGAUCGACGAAUCAGACAUUGAAAACGAAGAAUCGGAGGCAGGCUCCAAAGCAACUGCCGAUCCCAACCCCUCUGCCGAACAAAGCAAGAUGCGAAAGGCGGACAACAAGCCCAAGAAGAAGAAGAAAAAGUUCCGUUACGAAAGCAAGGAAGAGCGCAAGGUAACCAGAAUGAAGGAGCGCGCAUCUAAAUCGAGGAAGGCAAACGCCCGACGCGAGCGAUCGUGA